AUGAUUCUUUUAUUAUUAGUAAUACAUUGUGUUACAGGAACAUCUUUAUUAAAGGAAACCAAUACUUUAUAUGAGGACUGGAGACAUAAAGCAUAAAUGUUGGUUACAAGAACACCUUUGGAAAUGAUUAGAUCAACAUUAGGACUAAGAAGUCUAGAUUAGGAUUAGGAUGAAUAGUUCAAUAUGCCAGAGAUUAAUUAGAAUUUAAAAUAUUCUAGAAUAAAUAGAGUUAUGUAAGAAAAUGAAACAUAAAAACCACCAGUUCCCAUAGUUCUUAAUACUACAAUUAAUGAAUAUUUAAGAUAAGGGCCAUUAAUUCCACUUAAAUGUUAUGUUGCCUAACCAAUUCUAAUCAAUGUUACUUAACAUUAUUGUUUCAAAUAAAGAGUCACUUAUCAAUAAUAUUAAGAUAUUUCAGCUAAUAAUUCAGCAAAUUGUGCAAUAAGAUAUCGAUUACAUUAUGGAUGCUUAUGUCCUCCUGAUUUUUAUGGAGAAUAUUGCAAAUUUUGGAAUCCUAUAGUCUGUGAAAUAGAAUAACCAUCUAAGGAUUGUAAAUUAAUAGUAGAAGAAGAUUAUUAUAACAAAAAGAUAGAUGGUAAUCCUCCAUGCAAUUAAUUUAAGAGUAGUUCAUUUAUUGAUGUAUAAUUAUUUAAAUCAUUUAGAAUGUCAGAACUGUGUGUUAUAAUUAAUUUUAAAGUUAAUUAAAUAGUAGUGUAUUUCAUCCAGAAGAAAACUAUACUGUAAUUUGGAGUAAUUAUACAAAAGGAAUUAGUGCAUUAUUACCUCAAUAAUAUAAAUAUUCAGCUCCUAUUCCUGAGAAUCCUAAUGAUCCAUAAUAAUAUAUUUAAUAUGCUACUGCAACAGAAGAAGCAGAAAAGGAAUAUUUCAAAUAUUAAUAAAAUUCAUGUGUUGGAGCAGAAUCAAAUACAUUAUGUAGUUCAUUAUUAUUCGAUAUUACACCUUAUGUAAGAUUUAUAAAUUGGACAUUUUUAUCAUAAUCUGAGACCACUUAAAUUGACUAUAAUUUGACAUUAGAAGAAAUGUUAGGAUAAAAAUAUAUCGAAGUUCCUAUUAAAAUUACUAAUGCUGAACCUUUAUUUGGAAGAUAUUCAUUAGAAAUAGGAUUUAUACUAUAUUUAUAUGGAUAUAAGGAAUUAUAUGCAACAAAUGGAUCUAAUGAAACUGUAGAUGAUGGUCCAUUAAAAUAUUAACCACAAUUACAACCCAAAAUCUUAUUUUAUGAAGACUCCUUAUAUGAUGGUAUUAAUAUGAUAUAUUUAUUAAGAACCUACAAAUUCAAAUAGAGCAUUAGGUAGAAAUGCAAGAGUUGGAUUAGUCAUUGCAAUAAUUGCAUUAAUUAUUGCAAUCAUUUUAAUUUACAAAUAUAGAGGUACAAUUACUGAAUGCUGUUUCCCUCGUAUAGAUAAAGUAGUACCAGAAUAAUACAAUAUUUAAAGAAGUUGUUUGGAAAAGUUUUUUGAUUGUUUCAAAAUAAAUUAAGCUCGUGAUCGUGUAUCUGAAUCUACUCCCUAAAAUCAAAACUAGAGCUUAGAAUAAUGA